UCAAACGUUGCCCAUUACGCAAACACAGGCCGCAGACACAACACAAACUCCAUACGCAUAUUUAGCCAGCAUAAGGAUUACGUGAAUGAUGACUACGCCCACAAGUUGCGCGUAUUGCCAACAGCGUGCAACACAAUUGUGCGCCGGCUGUCGCAGUGUGGUUUACUGCAGUCGCGAGCAUCAGAAGGAGCACUGGAAGCGUGGCCACAAGCGGGAAUGCAAGUGCUACGAGGUGACCAGCAACGAGCUGCUCGGCCGGCAUCUGCGCGCCACACGCGACAUUCGGAUGGGCGAGCAAAUCAUGUGCGAGGCACCGCUGGUGGUAGGGCCCAAGGUUGCCGCAACGCCACUGUGUCUGGGCUGUCACAGGAAUUUGCUGGCGCCGCAGAAACCAGCGAUGACCUUCUACAAAUGCAGCUCGUGCAGCUGGCCCAUGUGCAGCAAGGAGUGCGAGAAAUCGCCAUUUCACCUGGACGAGUGUCGCCUGAUGGCGGCGAGUAAUUUUCAAUCCAAGAUAAAUUAUAAUCCAGCCGAUCCGGAGGGCAAAGAGUCCGCCUAUUGCGUCAUAAUGCUGUUGCGUUGCAUGCAACUGAAGCGUAGCAAUCCCGAGGCAUUUGCCCGGCUCGCUGCACUCGAGGAUCAUCUGAAGGAGCGCAUCGAGACGCCACUGUAUCAAGUGCUGCGAGCCAAUCUGAUAACGUUUAUCAAAACGGUGCUGGGUCAGCGGGAUUGGCCCGAACUGGAAAUCCUCCGCAUUGCCGCCAUUCUGGACACGAACGCCUUUGAGGUCCGGCAGAACGGGGAGCGUCGCAAGGUGCGCGCCAUUUUCCCGGGCGGUGCCAUGAUCGCCCACGAUUGUGUGCCCAAUUUGAGGCAUCGCUUCGACGACAACAUGCGCAUCAUCUUCCUCGCCAAGCGACCCAUUCCCAAGGGCGCCAUUCUCAGCAUAUCCUAUACGCAACCAUUGCGGAGCACCGUGCAACGGCGAGUGCAUCUCAAGCAGGUCAAAUGUUUCGAUUGCGCCUGCGAAAGAUGCUCGGAUCCCACGGAACUGGGCACCUUUGCCGGCGCACAUCUGUGCGGCAAGUGCAAAGUGGGCAAGGUCAUCUCACAAAAUCCGUUAGAGAAUGCCGCCAAUUGGCAUUGUCAGCUGUGCAAUGUGAAGAAAUCGGCUCGCGAGGUGCUGACCCAGGAUGCGAGACUGCAGCAGGAGAUUGAGUCGCUGGACAAGACGACGCCUGUUCACCUGGAGGAGUUCAUUCAGGGCCAUCGCAUCGACUUGCACGAUACAAACACGCACAUUUUACAGGCCAAAUACGCUUUGACGCAGCUUUACGGCACUGCGCCCGGAUAUGCAAUGGAUGAGCUCAGCGAGGAGUCGCUUAAGCGAAAAGUGGAUUUGUGCGAGGAACUUUUGCAGAUUUCGAAUCUCUUCGAUGGCGGUUGGAGUAUUUUUCGUGGCAAUUUGCUGAUUGAUUUAGAGGAGGCGUUGGUGGCGCAAGCGCUACGCUUGCAGCUCGCCAGCGAGUGUGAAUCGAAGCUGAAGCGGGCCGAGGAGCUGCUCGAAGAGAUCAAGAAUAUUAUGAAACAUGAGCCAGAAGAGAUGCAACAAAUGCUUGCGGAGCGACAGCAAAUUUUAAAUGCGGCUAUGGCGCCAUUUUCAGUUGGUGUCGAAUAACUCACAAGAGUAAUAUUUCAAUUGUGCACACAUUUCACUGUUUAACUGCACAAUUUUUAUUUUAAUAGCGAAAUUCAGUUUUCUAUUCCUAUUUAUAUUUGAAAAUAUAACUGUCAAUAUUUUAC